CUUAAGGCUCUCUUAUUCUCUCAAAGAAGGAUCUUGUUAGAAUCAGCCGUGGUCUGUAAAACAUCAUGACUUCUGCCUGCGCCUUCCUCUCUGAAGAGCAGUUCCGCUGCUCCAUCUGUCUGGAGGUGUUCACCGAUCCAGUCUCCAUCCCAUGUGGGCACAACUUCUGCAAGCGCUGCAUCACCCAUCACUGGGAUGUUAGCGAUCGGUGUGAAUGUCCCGUAUGUAAGACGGUGAGCAUCAGAAAACCUGAGCUUCACGUCAACACCUUCAUAGCAGAGAUGGCUGCUCAGUUCAGACGCUCAAGUGUGAAGAAAACCCGCAAAAUAUCCGUCCAAAGAAGUUUCUCCGAAGGUACAGUACUGUGUGACGUCUGCACAAACACCAAAAGUAGGGCGCUGAAGUCCUGCCUGAUGUGCAUGACCUCCUACUGUAAGACUCACUUGGAGCCUCAUUAUAGAAUCCCUGGGCUGAAGAGACAUGAGCUGAUCGAUCCUAUGGAGAACCUGGAGGACCGGAUCUGUCAAAGUCACGGCCAACCUCUGGAGAAGUUCUGUGAGACUGAUCAGAUGUGCAUAUGUCGAAGGUGCAUCAGUUUGGAUCAUCAACCUCACCGUAUAGUUACUCUAGAGGAGGAAUAUCAGAGACAAAAGGAUGGGCUUGAAGAGAAAGAGGCUGAAAUUCAGCAGAACAUCCAGGAGAGACAACUGACGAUUAAGCGGAUGAGAGAGUCCGUGAAGCUCAGCAGAGAAGAUGCAGAACUAGAGAAAUCCAACAGCGUUCAGGUCUUCUCCACUCUGAUCCAAAAUGUUGAAAAUGACCUUGCUCAGCUCCUUGUAUCUAUCGAGGAAAAGCAGAAAAAAACAGAAGAAGAAGCUGAAGGCUUCAUCGCAGAGCUGGAAGAUGACAUUUUAGAGCUGACAAAGAGAAGCACAGAGGUGGAGCAGCUCAAGUACACUGAAGACCACCUCCUCUUCCUUCAAAACAUCCUAUCAUUGAACGUCCCACUACCAGCCAACAAAUGGACACACGUCCAAGUUUACUCAUUGUACGAAGGGACUAUGAGGAGAGCUGUGGCUCAGCUGGAGGAGAGACUUAGCAGAGAAGUGAAGAAGCUGCUUAAAUCUGAGCUGAAGAAGGUUCAGCAGUACGCCGUGGAUGUCACUCUGGAUCCCGACACUGCAAACUCCAAACUACUUCUGAAGAAUGAUGGAAAACAAGUGAGCUAUCACGAUUUUAAACAGAACAUCCCAGACACCCCAAAGAGGUUUUCUACUUGUGCCAGUGUCCUGGGAAAGCAGAGUUGUUCAGCAGGAAAGUUUUAUUUUGAGGUUCUGGUCAAAGAUAAAACAAAGUGGGAGGUUGGCGUGGCCAGAGAGACGAUAAACAGGAAGGGGCAUAUCACACUCAGCCCAAAGAAUGGAUUCUGGGCUAUCUGGCUGAGGGAUGGGUGUGAUUACAGGGCUGGUCUUUCCGUCCAUCUCUCCCUGAAGUCGAAGCUUGAGAAGGUGGGGGUGUUUAUCGACUACGAAGGGGGCAUAGUCUCCUUUUAUGACGUGGAUGCAGCGAUGCUCAUGCACUCCUUCACUGGCUGUCACUUCAGUGGAAAACUCUUCCCAUACUUCCGCCCCUGUAAUCUUGACAAUGGUGAAAACUCUGCCCCUCUGAUCAUCUCUACUGUCAGUGAGACAAAGCUGAAUGUUUAA